AUGGCCGCAGUGGCUGUCCAACCUGAUCACACCCAACAACCCUACUAUUUAGGUGGAUCUGUCCCUCACAUUUCUUUAGCAAAAUCAUGCGAGGUUACUUGGGUUUCCAUAGGUCCAUGGGUGCAACAGUGUCUCCAACGCACUGAUUGGCUCCCAGUAAAGCCUGGUGUCUACGAUACACCUGACCAUCGUAUCUUGAAAGUACUCCUCUACACCACUGUUUAUGUCAACCGCUCAUUCUGCACUCCUCCCCCUCCUGCCCACUCCCUAUUACAUGUUGGUAUCCCUCCUUUCCCGUGGUUGUCUGACAUUCCGGAUUCUCUUUGGGCUCAGGGAAAAAAUGAUUAUGGUCGUAUCGCCCAGUGCGAGCCUCUGGUGAUCCACCCAAAAUCCUCCUUCCGCCCGCAUCGCGCUCAAUAUCCGCUCUCUCCUGAGGCGGAAGCUGGUAUUUCUGCUGUUCAUGCCGACCUCGUAAAACGGGGUGCUAUUAUUCCUAUUUCUUACUCACCUGUGAAUUCUCCUAUUCUUCCUGUAAAAAAGGCUGACGGUUCAUGGCGUUUCGUCCAAGAUCUGCGUCAAGUCAAUGCUGCUAUUUUUCCUCGGGCUCCCAUUGUUCCAAAUCCCUCUACCAUUCUCUCCACUAUUCCCCCUUCUGCCCGAUAUUUCUCUGUAAUUGACUUGGCCAAUGCUUUCUUUUCUGUUCCUGUCCAUCCCGACUCUCAAUUUUGGUUUGCUUUCACUUUUCAGAACCGCCGGUGGACAUGGACUGUCAUGCCUCAAGGGUACACUGAGUCACCCUGUGUGUAUGGACAAGCACUUGCACAAAAUUUAGAGGGUUUCUGGCCAGAAGGGGGUAGCACACUCAUUCAAUAUGUAGAUGACAUUAUGGUAUAUGCCAACCCUGGAUAUUACCGGUGUAAGUGCCAUGAAGAUAAGACAGGCAUCCCAGCCAGAAUGGAGGAUGAUUUCUUGCCUGACCAGGAAUCCAUAAUGAAAGGAUGGACACCAGGAGUGGAGACAUCCCAGCCAGAACGCCUUAUAUUCUUCAUUCUGGUGGGGAGAGAACUACAAUUUAGGGACUGGGUGAACAUGGAUGCUGGGAGAAAUUCAGUUCCCCACAUGGCAGGUACAGUGUUCCUAUGGGCUAAACCUAGUUAG